UAGGGUUAGGGUUUUAUACUCUUCUCGCCUCCGCAGCUUGUGUUCUUCCUCUCUUGAGCCCUUCUUCUCUUCAAGGUUCGUGCUGCUUAUCUUCGAUUCCUUGGCCAUUUUUCUUCGAAGAUCUCUUCGAUUUUCUCGUUUUCUGGCGACGAGGAAAGGAGCAAUCCUUUAAGGGCUUUCUAACCAUGAGUAAGCUACAGAGUGAUGUGUUGAGAGAGGCUAUCACUCAGGUUGUUGGGGAUGCAAAGACUAAGAAGAGGAACUUCACAGAAACUAUUGAGCUACAGAUUGGACUGAAGAAUUAUGACCCUCAGAAGGAUAAGCGUUUUAGUGGCUCUGUGAAGCUGCCACACAUUCCCCGUCCUAAGAUGAAAGUUUGCAUGCUCGGUGAUGCUCAGCAUGUGGAAGAGGCUGAGAAGAUUGGGUUGGACUAUAUGGAUGUUGAAGGACUUAAGAAAAUGAACAAGAAUAAGAAACUGGUGAAGAAGCUGGCCAAGAAGUAUCAUGCCUUCUUAGCAUCAGAGGCAAUCAUCAAGCAAAUUCCUCGUCUUCUUGGUCCUGGUCUUAACAAGGCAGGAAAGUUUCCCACCUUGGUUACUCAUCAGGAAUCCCUGGAAGCCAAAGUGAAUGAGACCAAGGCAAUGGUGAAAUUCCAGCUGAAGAAAGUCCUGUGCAUGGGUGUUGCUGUUGGAAAUUGUUCAAUGGAGGACAAACAAAUCUUCCAAAACGUGCAACUCAGUGUCAACUUCUUGGUCUCCCUUUUGAAGAAGAAUUGGCAAAAUGUACGGUGUUUGUAUUUGAAGAGCACAAUGGGAAAGCCGGUCCGGGUCUUCUAAGCUACCUUUUUGUCUCGUCUGGAACUUGUUUACAGUGCCCACAGGAGAUGCUGAACUCUUUUCGUCACAUAUUUGUUUGCAAGUUUAUGUGUUUUUCCUUAAAAUGUCUUUAGAGUACUUGCCCCUGUCCUCAUUUUAAUCAUCACUAGAACAUUUUUGUUUUUGUGUCAUCAUUUGUGUGAACCUUCUUUAAACUAAGCAUAUGGUUUUGAUUUCAGUUCACUAUUGCCAAUGCUACAUUCUUCAA